CCUUUGGAUUCACAAGCUGCAAACAGAGAUCCAUCAAUAAGACAGAACAGUACAAGCCUACCACUGGGAGUAUCUUGUGGUGCUUAUAAUGUUAACUUAAAAUCAACAAGUUCUACUUCUUGUAAAGAAUCCUAUGCUUUUAGAGGUGUUCCAAUGUCUGCAGACAGAAGGUGUAGUGACUCUUCUUUAGUGCAGAAACAGAGUUCUGUAAGAGAUGCUUUAGAUCUGAGCCAAAAUGAAAAUCAUCAACCUUCUAAGCAAAACACCAUUUGUUCUGAAAGAAGUGAUGGUGAUGCUAAGAUUUACAUGUGUGCAGUAAAAAGCAUUGGGAAGAUUGGAAUUGCCUAUUACGAUACAGAUAACUGUCAAAUCAAGAUGAUGGAGGAUGUGGUGGAAACAGCUGACUAUCAUUUUCUCAAACUCAUGAAAAGACGCAUACAGCCUGAUGUAAUUAUCACCAAUGCUAAACAAGAAGAAAGCUUCCUUCAAGCCCUGAGAGAAGAAGAUGAAGAGGAGGGAUCUGUUCUUGAAAAGCAUGUGCAUAUAGAAAUCAUUCCCUGUAUGAUGUUUGGAUAUGAACUAUGCAAGAGAAGGAUUUUGACAUUAAAUGGCCUACCUGAUCUUCCUGAGAGUGCGUCAGAAUUAGAGAGGAAUGUCUACUUUGGAUCGAUGUUGUCCUUUGACAGUAUCAAUAUGGUGAGAGCUGCUGGGGCGCUUAUAAAGUUCCUGGACAAAAACAGAGUUGGGGUAGAGCUUGAAGAUCCAGGCACGAAAGUACCCAUUGUGGCACUGAAGUCGUUUUCUUUAAACUCUGUUAUGAUGGUUGAUGAUACAACUUACGGGGCCUUGCAGAUUUUUAGCAAGGAAGCACAUCCUUCUGUUUACAAAAGUGGUGGCAGUGGUUCAAAAGAGGGCCUAUCUCUCUUUGGUAUUAUAAACUACACUAAAUCGACAGCUGGUUCUAAACUACUUCGUCAAUGGUUUCUACAUCCUUUGACAAACAUUGAUGAAAUAAAAGAGAGACAACUGGCCAUCGCUUCUUUUCUUUCAAACAGAAACCUUGAAGCAGUGAUGGCUUUUCAGGACAGCAUGAAGCACAUGAAAAAUAUUUCCGGAGUUAUGUCCAAAAUGAUGUCGACAGGAGCAAGUAUUACCGACUGGCAAAACCUUUAUAAAACAAUUUAUAAUGCCAUCUGUAUUAGUGAUAUUUGCCGAGGCAUGCAGCAAGACGUUGGGAUAAUCAAAAAAAUAGCAAACUCAUUCACACAAGAGCUGUAUACAAUGGCAAAUCUUAUCAACAAAAUAGUUGACUUUGAAGAGUCUAUUACCCAGUGCCGUUUUGUUGUCAAACCUGGCAUUGAUGCGGAACUCGAUGAGCGCAAGAGGACUUAUAAUGGCUUACCAGAUCUAAUGACAAAAGUGGCAUCAGAAGAGUUGAAAAGGUUGGAUAAUUCAAUAACCGAGUGUGGAGUCUCAUAUCUGCCACAGCUGGGGUACUUGCUUGCUGUACCUAUAACAGAGAAGAUGAAAAACGAGCAAAAGUUUGAUGUUGAUGGACUUGAGUUUGUGUUUUUUUCAGAUGAAAUAGUCCACUACAAGACAGCAGGGACAAGAGAGCUGGAUCAACUGCUAGGAGAUACACAGUGUUUGAUUUUUGAUCACGAGACUGCCAUAAUGCAUCGACUGCAGGGGGUCAUUCUUGAAAACACCCAGCUUCUGCUUUCAGUUGUGGACUUAGCGGCCGAAUUAGAUUGUUUGCUUUCAUUGGCAACAGCAGCCCGUGAAUGUAAUUAUGCCCGACCCAAAUUAACAGAAGACACAGACAUUUCAAUAAAAAAUGGAAGGCACCCGCUACAAGAGCUUUGUACCACUCAGUUUGUUCCAAAUGAUUUUAUAAUGGAUGCGCAGCAGAAAAGAAUCAAGAUAAUCACAGGGCCAAACGCUAGUGGCAAAAGUGUAUAUUUAAAACAGGUGGGCCUCAUAGUCUUCCUUGCACACAUUGGCAGUUUUGUACCGGCCGAAGAAGCAACAAUUGGUGUAUCGGAUCGUCUGUUCACGAGGAUUCACACCAAAGAGACAGUUUCAACUCCCUUAUCCACGUUUAUGAUAGACAUUAAUCAGAUUUCUGCAGCAAUUCACGGGGCAACUGAAAGAUCUGUUGUCCUGGUUGACGAAUUCGGCAAAGGAACAUCUGCGGAUGAUGGUCUUGCGUUGCUGGCAUCUGUAAUUUCCCACUGGCUUGGCAAAGGCCCGAAAUGUCCACGUACUUUGGUUUCAACCCAUUUUCAUGGCUUGAUAAGCUAUAACUUGCUGCCGGAGUCAGAGCUUAUCCACUACCAGACCAUGGACGUUAUUGAAGAAAACGGGGAAUUAGUGUUCCUCUUCCAAAUAAAAGAUGGGCACGCAGACUGCAGUUACGCUCUUCAUGUUGCAAAAGUGGCAGGAAUCGAUGAGAAUAUUAUAAAACGGGCAGCAGAGGUAUCCAGGGUGAUCGCGUCAGGUGGAGAGGUGGAACGAAUGCACUCCGUCGAUUCGGAAACGAGAUUUGACAGGUUCUCUGCUAUCACUGAAAAGUUCCUUGAAUUGGAUAUAGAAAGCUGUGACGUCAUUUCGUUUCUCCAAGGAUGCGUAAGUCUUGUGAAUGAAGACUGACCACUUUGCUUAAACAUCUUCCUGAAGGAGGAUUCGUCAACCUUGAAGUGACUAUCUCUCCUUAACGAACCGGGAAGGAAAGGUCAAUAAGUUAUUUACCUAGUUAAGGAAAAGUAAAUUUGUUGAAUUGAUUAUAAAAUGGGAUCUGUUUAUUUCAAGCUACACAUGCGCAGCACGGAGUCAAAAAACUAAAAACUAAAUGGUUCAUUACAAUCUCCAGUUGAUUGCAAGGAAUGCUGCUAAACAUAUUUGUACAGUUAUUCAACCUUUAGUCACUUAUAUAUAGCUGUGCAACAACAAGUGUUUAGGGCACUGUUGUAUAUUUGCAUGAUAAAAUGUUUGCAAUGUUAAAAUGACGUUUAUCAUGCGCAUAAAACAAGUUCUCGGUACAAGUAACAGUUCCUAGCCAAUCAACAUAAAGGUAUCUUGGUCUAGACUUGAAAUUGUAGUUUCACAACACUCCUGGUGUUAAAGGAGGGGACAGUAUGAACAAAGUAAUAUCGCUGAAACGUUAGCAAGAAUUAAAUCGUAACCAACAAGGUCUUGGACAUAGAGUACUGACAGAAUUCAGACCAUCGAACAUUUCCAAAACAGAGCCCUAUUAAUCAAAGGAUCCAUGGUCUAAAAGGAUUCAAAGACUAAAAACAGUUGUGAAUCCUAUUCGGUUUGUAUUGCUACUUUCUGAAGUUUUAAGAAAAAAGUUGUCUUCAUCUCCAGAAUUUUAACUUCCAGUGUCCCCCUGUCCCCAUAGAAGUACAUAAAUGCUGUCCCUUUUUUGACAAGCCACGCCCUUCGCAAAUCAUAUAGAUUAAUCAAACUUUGUAGGUAUCUGACACCCAGUUAAAGUAUCUGUUGUCUGAAAACUGCUUUUCUGCUCCGAAGAAAAGUAUUGUAGAAGUGUUCAUGUUCUCGCCCAGUUACCCAUUCUUGAAUUUUUGCGGGAAUGUUCUAAUCGUGUUUUGCCGCCAACAUGGCCAAAGCUUUUUACACGGACAUUCUCGAUAGAGCUUUAUCCCCUCCGUGUCCGAAAAAUUUUCCCGCCGAAUGUUGAGAAUGGAUACAAAGUAUUAGCAGGGAAAAAAACAAGCCGCAAAUUUUUUUUUUUUUGGGGGGGGGGUCGUGGAAGGAUGAAAAUUCCAACUUUACUUGAGGAAUUUUUCUUUCGACCUUUAAAUCUACUGUGCCUACAAUUAUAUAUGUUAAAUGAUAAAAAUAAUAUUCAUUCAAGUCAAUUAGCAGCGAUUCUUCUUUUUCUGAUUUGCCCAUUUUAAAGCUAACUUGCUGCAGAUCAAUUUUAUCUAAAAUAUAUCUUAACGAUAUAGAAGCAUCAAGGAAUUGAGUCUUCUUUGUUUGUUUUUGAUCAAAGGGAAUUUUUAGCAAUUUUCAGAGGGUCAAAUGCCCUUUCGUUGUUUACAAAUGAAAUGGGGAUUCGAGAGCAAGUGCAUAUGCCCGAUUCGUCAGAUGAAACACUCUUCUUUGAUCAAAUUCUCCUGCAGCUUCUGCAAUGCUUUCUGCCUUCACAACAGCUUUAUCACAGCAAUUUAUAAUAAGGAGUUAAAGACGUUUACAAUCAGAAGGGGCAGCGUAGCAUACACACGCUUUUUGUAAGAAGCGUUGAACAUUUCUAGCACAGAAAGAUUCUUAAUUUUUAUUCAACUAACUAUCUACUUGUAGUUUCUUAAAAAGUUCCCAUUUUAAAUUUUUCUGAUCAGUACAGGGUAUUAUUUUUCAAAACUGUAGGCUCAGUACUAGUAAAGUUUCAAUUUUCUUAUCUGGAAAUUCACCUUGACUGUUAAAAAUAAUUUAAUUCAACUUAAAUCCCUUCAAAAAGGAAAUAAACGGUGCAAUGGUGUAAUUUAAGAUCCAGUGGAUACAGGGCUUCACAAUAGAAAACGAUUACUGGAUGGGUCCGCUCCACCCUGUGAAUUUUAAGAAGGUAAAUGUAUCUACAUUAAAAUUACAAAAUUCCUGUUACAAAUUAUAAAAUUCACAAGUUUGGUCUUGAGAAAAAAUUCAAAUAAUCUGUUAGGUUUUCCAACUGAAAUUGGGUUUUUCAAUCUUUGGGAGGGGCGUCACGCCCCCACGUCCCCUAUUAUUUACAUGACUGAGUACUAGGCAGUUCUGCUUGAAUGCUUAAUAAACUAUACCAGUGUAAGAAGGGGCAAUCGGAAGAAUAGGGACAUGACUCUUGUUUUUAAUUUUACCAGUCGCUAAAAGCAACCGUAAAUUCUCCGAGUUGUGCGAAGGCCAAAACGAGGGAUGAUUCCCUGUGUUGUAACUAGCGUACAAGAUUGCCACAAAAACAAAUGAUUUCCAAAUAUUUUCAGAUGAAAAAUGGGAUUUCCACCAAAGGUAUGAGAGAUUUCAAUGGAAUGGUAACCUCGGAGCUUUUGGAGUUUCAAUGGGGUUUUUGGCGCCUCGGACAAAAAGGGAUGAAUCAAAGCACCCCCUCCCCGCCCCCACUCACUAAACACAGAACGCGAAAAAUAUUGUCAAAAAGUCGAGACAAACUCUUUGGAAAUUGUUGAUACUUUAUUCAGAAUUGGCCUCUCAACAAUGUCAGAAAAAGUUGGAAUGUCGAUUAAAAUUGCAUAAGGAAUUAAUUAAUAAACAAGGAAUUUGUAUGUGAAUUAUUGUACUUACAAAUGUAGCUUGUUUAGGGAGCAUUAUUCCCAGCAAAUCAAAUUUGACCUCCUUUUCAACACCUACCUAUAUGAUUUUCUUACAUUACAAAUUUAGUGUUUAUCCAAUUUCAGGAUAAGGUUUCGUAUUUUUUAUAAAAAUGUCGUUAAAUGACGUUUCACUGAGCAUGGCGUUUAGAAUUAUGUUUCCAUUUUAAAGAAUCGACCUGCUAGCUUCUACUAUCCGUUUCCCCGCCUAAACUCUCGUAAAAUUGACCACAAUUUCCAUUGAUUUCCUCAAAUUCAAUCUUGAAUUCAUAGAACAAGCAAACGUAUUUCCUUUUGCCUUGUAGCCCAUUGACACGCCUUACUACGUUGCACACUGCCGUUGAGGAUUAUACUUUUCCGCUAUGCUUUACCACGUGGGUUAAGAGGAAUCCAUGAAAUAGUAUUUCAUUCAAUCUACAGUUCGUAGAAAUGGGCUUGGCCCGUGUUGAGGUCACAAACUAGGGAUAACACCGAAAAACAAAGAGUUAUCUUGACAAAAUUCUUGCGCUUUCAUUCAAUAUCAAAGGUGAUGCCCUGAUUUUUCCUUUCUAUUAUGUUGCUAAGACACUUCUCGUCGUUAUUGACGUCAGAGGUAAAAGUCCCAUGACUUACGUAGGUCAUCCCACUUUUGU